AUGAACCUGAAAUCUGAACGCAGAGGAAUUCACGUUGAUCAGUCAGAGCUACUGUGCAAGAAGGGAUGUGGUUACUAUGGCAAUCCUGCUUGGCAGGGAUUUUGCUCCAAGUGCUGGAGAGAGGAAUACCAUAAGGCCAGGCAGAAACAGAUUCAAGAGGAUUGGGAGCUGGCAGAGCGGCUUCAGCGAGAGGAGGAGGAAGCAUAUGCCAGUAGUCAGAGUACCCAAGGGGCGCAGUCACUGACCUUUUCAAAAUUUGAAGAAAAGAAAACCAAUGAGAAAACACGAAAGGUCACUACUGUGAAGAAGUUCUUCACUGCUUCUUCCAGAACAGGAGCUAAGAAGGUGGCUCAAGAGAAAAUCAUUAAGCAAGGACAGCUUGGGAGGGAGCGAAAUGCUGAUAACAUUCUCAGGGAUUUGAAGGAGAUUUUUACUCCCUCCUGGGAACUGGCUUCCCCUACUGAAGUGUUGGCUGGCAAGUUGAAAGAGAUCCAAGAAGCCAAGGCUCCCAGCCCUUCUAUAAACAGGCAAGCUAGCAUCGAGACAGAUCGAGUAUCCAAGGAAUUCAUAGAAUUUCUCAAGACAUAUCAUAAACCUGGACAAGAUAUCUAUAAGCAAUGUAAACUAUUUUUGGACACAAUGAAUCAUAAAAGGGACUUAAGUAUUGAGGAGCAAUCUGAAUGUGCCCAGGACUUCUAUCAAAAUGUAGCAGAGAAAUUACAGACACGUUGGAAAGUGCCCCCUGAAAAAGUUGAGAAAGCAAUGGAUCAGAUUGAAAAAUACAUUAUGACUCGGCAGUAUAAAUAUGUCUUUUGCCCUGAAACGACUGAUGAUGAGAAGAAAGAUCUUGCUGUCCAGAAGAGAAUCAGGGCUUUGCACUGGGUAACUCCACAAAUGCUUUGUGUUCCCGUCAAUGAAGAAAUUCCAGAAGUCUCUGAUAUGGUUGUAAAAGCAAUUACAGAUAUUAUUGAAAUGGAUUCAAAGCGUGUCCCGCGUGAUAAAUUAGCAUGCAUCACCAAAUGCAGCAAGCAUAUAUUUAAUGCUAUUAAAAUCACAAAAAAUGAACCAGCUUCUGCUGAUGACUUUCUUCCAACACUUAUAUACAUUGUUUUGAAGGGAAACCCACCCCGCCUGCAGUCUAACAUCCAGUAUAUAACACGCUUCUGUAAUCCAAGCAGGUUAAUGACAGGAGAAGAUGGCUACUAUUUUACGAAUCUGUGCUGUGCUGUGGCCUUCAUUGAAAAACUGGAUGCUCAGUCUUUAAAUCUAAGCCAAGAAGAUUUUGAUCGCUUUAUGACUGGUCAGACAUCCCCGAAGAAGCAAGAAUCUGACAGUUUUUCACCUGAUGUGUGCCUGGGUGUUAAGCAAAUGUAUAAAAACUUAGACCUACUAUCUCAGUUGAAUGAGAGACAGGAAAGAAUUGUCAAUGAAGCCAAGAAGCUUGAGAAAGACCUAAUAGAUUGGACUGAUGGAAUUACAAAGGAAGUCCAAGAUAUUGUUGAGAAGUAUCCAUUAGAAAUAAAACCAAAAAAUCAAGCCUUAGCAGCUAUUGACUCUGAAAAUAUGGAGAAUGACAAGCUGCCCCCACCACUGCAGCCUCAGGUUUAUGCAGGAUAAUUAUCAGUGUUAACUUUGAAAAGCAUCAUUAUCCUCACCUAGUACUAUCCCCUAGUUGGGAAGGGAAGUAAAUUUACGGCUAAAAAAUCAGAUGAGCUUAAAUUAGUACAUUUUUAAAGGUACUUUUUUUGUUUGUUUAAGUGUAAUGAAUUGUAUUUAUUUUAGUCAAGUAGAUUUCUAUUAGGCUUUUGUGGGUUUUUUGAACUGAAUUUAAAUUUUCUACACAAACCGGUGUAAUUUUUAAGCAACACUAGUCUGUUGACAUCUUUCCUGA